AUGUCUCAAGAUACUGCAGCCACUCAAGCCAAAAUCCUCAAACAAGUAGAAUUCUAUUUUGGUGAUAGCAAUUUACCUUAUGACAAAUUUUUGUGGAACAAGACCAAGGAAAAUGAUGGGGUUGAUAUUCAAACUAUUGCAGAUUUCAAGAAAAUGAAAAUGAUCUGUAAUGAUCUUGAAACUAUCGUGGCUGCUCUCAAGGAAGGACCCUCUGAUUUGCUUGAAGUGAACGAUAAGAAACAAGUGCGAAGAAAAACCGAAGUAGAAAAACAAGAUCAUACUGGCAGAUCUAUCUAUGCUAAAUCCUUUGCUGUUGAAAACCCUACAGAAGAUGGUGCUGCUGAUCUUUUGAAACUUCAAGAUGAUAUUGAGGCAUUCUUUGAAAAAUAUGGCAAAGUUUUAUCGGUUCGUAUGCGUAAAGAUGAUAAAGCGCAAUUUAAGGGAAGUGUCUUUGUUGAAUUCUCCACUCCUGAAGAAGCCAAAAAGGUCGCUGAAAUGGAAUUGGAAUACAAAAACAACAAAUUAGAAAUCAUGACAAAACUUGCAUACUUGGAAAAGAAAAAAGAACAAUACAAGGAUGCUCCUCGUGCCCAACAUAAGAAGAAAUCAUUCAAUGCAUUCUUUGAACAAUCCUCUAAACAACAAAAAGGCAAGAAAAACACCAAGAACAACAAUGCCAAGCGCGAUCGUGAAACUGAUGCUGCCGAUGCUGAUGAAAAGGACGAUGUCAAGCGUCAACGGGCAGACGAAGAAUAG